GCAUCCUCUCCUUUACUUACGGUAACGUAGCAUUAUUACUGGUUGGGUCCAUAGAUUGCGUCAUUCUGAAAUAUCUAGAACGCUUUACGACACUGUUGACUGGGGUUUUUGUUUAUCCAGCGGGUAUCUGCUGGUAGAUUUAUUCAGUUAUGUUUUAGUUUUCUGCAAUAGUUAUUUGUAAUGAGUGUUUUUGACUUAUUUCGCGGGUUUUUUGGAGUACCUGGAGGCCAUCAUCGUGGAAGAAGGGACCCUUUCUUCGAUGCUAUGACUCAUGAUGACGAUGAGGAUGAUGAUGAUGAAGAAGAAGAUGGAUUUUACUAUGAUGGGUUCAGGGGCGACCAGCAGGACCCCUUUGACAGUGCCUGGAGGUUUGGGUUCAGCGUUGGCCCAGACGGGAUGAGGAUCCAGGAGCCUCCAGUGUUUGGCCAUGUCCUUAGGGAGAUGGAGGAUCUAUUCUCCCAGCUGGGCCACUGGGAUAGACAGACAUAUUCUGGAAACUUUGGUUCUCCCAGUAUCAUGCCGCUGCCACCUCAGGAACGAGAAGAGAGGAGUGGAGGGGAAUCUAGUGGGAACCCCUUUAGAGACUUUAUGCUCAAAUCCCCGGACAACAACUCACAAGGACCCCAAGCAGGGCCUUCUCGGGAGCCCAGAAAUAAUGGCCCCCCUACUUAUGAGUCACCAGACUUUCCCAGUUUACCAUUCCAUGGUUGGACCCCUUUCUCAAAGUUUAACAAUAUUUGGAAAAGAGGGCCAUCGAAAGCUCCAGAGGACGAGUGCAAAGGAGACAGAGAUCUGGACUCUGAAGUGUCCUCUAGGGGCCUGGAUCAGUUUCUGGCACCACCUGCUGGUCAGGCUCCGAACCAACCAAGGACCCGCUCAUUCUUCCAAUCGGUCAUUGUCACCAAGGUGGUGAAACCUGACGGGACUGUAGAAGAGAGACGAACAGUUCGAGACAGCCAAGGUAAAGAAGAGACCAUGGUAACCCGCUCAGGAGGUCCUGGUAGGCUGGAGGGACCAGACCGUCAAACUGGACCUGUCAUAUCAGGUGGUCAAAAUCCAUUUUCGGACUUGCGGGAUGAUGACUCCUUAUUCUCAAAGUUCUUUGGGGGGUUUAAAUAACACGUAAAGCGAAGUAUAAAGUGGAGUAUAUUCUCUGGGCAGGUUGACCAUAGAUUUUGUUCCAUGAAAACAUUACAGUCUUCUGUUUAUCUAGAGCUGUAAGUUUGCACAAAAAAAUAUAUAAAGUGUUUGUGGGUGUGGGUGUGGGUGUGUGGGUGUGUGUGGGUGUGUGUGGGUGUGUGUGUGUGAGUGGACAGAACAAUUGCAUGACCCUACUAAUGCCAAAGUAAAUGUUAGAUCAGAGUCUUUGGCCUGUCUAAGGACACACCAGGAUUUCUAGCUGAAUUAGAAUCUGCCAAUCCCAAAGACUAUUGAUUUUGACAAAUGGAGAGACAACAGGUAACAAACAAUUUACAAUUCAAUAUUUUGUUUUUGAAUUGUCCUGUAGGAUCAGUUUGUAUGUAUAUGAGUGUGUGCUAUGUCAAAUAAAGAGUUAAUAUAUUUA